AUGGCUGCUGCAAUUAAACCGACUGUAAGUACAACUAACAGUGACGAAUCAUUUGCACAAGUGAUAGAGCAGCAAACAGAAGUAAUUAGAGCGUUAAAUUCAAAUGGUUCACAAAUUGAUGCCAGAGUCAAACUGCCGGUAAUCAAUUUGCCAAUCUUUUCGGGAGAAAUAGAGGGCUGGACACGGUUUUCUGAUACCUUUACCGCAUUAAUUCAUAACAGCGAUUUAUCGGCAAUUCAAAAGCUGCAAUAUCUGGUCGGUGCACUGACGGGAAGCGCGGCAAAAAUCAUCGAAUCAAUCGAGAUUUCGGCACAGAACUACGAAGUGGCCUGGAAUCUUUUAAGAAACCGUUACAAAGAUAAGAAAGCUUUAAAGCGAAGACAUCUUCAAUGUUUAUUUGAAGCACCUAAGGUCGAGCGAGAAUCAGCCAUUGAUAUUCAAGAAUUAAUUAAUCAUUUCCAGAAACAUCUUCGAAUUGUAAAAUCCAUGGAGUCCACCAGUGAAACAUGGGCGGAUUCUUUGAUAUUAUAUAUGGUGGAGGAGAAGCUGGACAGAGUUACUCGGCGCCGCUGGGAAGAGAGUAUGGAAGGUCGACAAACUGUUACAGUCGAUUUAUUAUUUGACUUUUUACAGCGACGUGUGCAAAUGCUUGAUCGACUGGGCAGCGCAUUCCACAGAGAGGAAUCGAACUAUAGAGGAGUGGCAGCGAACUCCAGACGAGGCGAUGAAACACCGAGGUCGUUAGGGAGAAUUGACAAUUCAAGAGUCGCUGGAAGAAAUGAGGCCUCAAGAUCUGCAGGAAGAAGCGAGGCAAGAACAUCUAGAAAUAAUCAAACUGUAAGUUUAGCCGUGUCAACAGUCAUCGGGCGCUGUUUUAUAUGUGGCGGUUCUCAUUUAAUAUAUUCGUGUGAAAGAUUUUUAAAUCUGUCUGUGCGAGAAAGAAUUGACGAAGUUAAGCGAUUGAAGCUUUGUUUUGUUUACGGAACGAUCAUUUUGUCAGCGCUUGUAGAGCGAGUUCCUGUCGACAAUGCGCGAGGAGGCACAAUACAUUGUGCCAUACAGAACAAGAAGAGCCUCGAGUAG